CGAUAGUUGUUUACCUUUUUUCACAAAACAAAAAAAAAUUUACAAAACAAUAGUUGUCGCACAAUUUAGCGAAUUGCAAAUUCAUCGCUAAUAAAAUGUAAGCGGUAAUCCUGCGGACACUGCAUCACACUUGGCCAUCUCCCGCAUCUUUCCCGUUCCUGGCCGCGGCGCACUUUAAUUCGGUUUCCCGCAUAUACACCUGAGAUUGCCAAUUGUGCCGGACCAGCAGGACCAUGGAGCUGGAGCAGCAGAUGGAGCUGGAGCAGAAGCAGGAGAAGGAUGUGGCGCAGUCUUAUAUAACGCGGGCCAAGAUGAAUCCGGCCAAGAAGGACAACGAGAAGCGGAGACGCAAGGAUGCCAUGCGAAGGGUCUCGAUGAUUUUGAAAAAAUGCGACUCGCUGCGCUCGGCGGAUGACCGACAGUUUCUCGAUAAACACCCGGAUAUGGUGAAGGCGACCAAGAAGCGCAAGGAGCGCGUGGAAAUCUACAAGGAGAGGGUGGUGGAACGCGAGGAUGCGCCGCACGUGAUUGAGGCAAAGGUGGAGCAGCUGGCCAAUAUCAUAUCGCAGGCCAAGCAUUUGGUUUGCUACACUGGCGCCGGGAUUAGCACAGCGGCCUUGAUACCGGACUACCGAGGCAGCCAGGGCAUUUGGACCCUGCUGCAGAAGGGCCAAGAUAUUGGGGAGCAUGAUCUAUCCAGUGCGAAUCCCACCUAUACGCAUAUGGCCCUGUACGAGCUCCACCGCCGUCGACUCCUCCAUCAUGUGGUGUCACAGAACUGCGAUGGUCUGCACCUGAGAUCCGGAUUACCGAGGCAUUCGCUGUCCGAGAUCCAUGGCAACAUGUAUGUGGAGGUGUGCAAGAACUGCCGUCCGAACGCCGUCUACUGGCGUCAGUUCGACACCACUGAGAUGACCGCCCGCUACUGCCACAAGACCCACCGGCUGUGCCAUCGCUGCUCGGAGCCCCUGUACGACACCAUCGUGCAUUUCGGGGAGCGAGGAAACCUCAAGUGGCCGCUAAACUGGGCGGGUGCCACUGCGAGUGCCGAGCGAGCGGAUGUGAUUCUCUGCCUGGGCUCCAGCCUUAAAGUACUCAAAAAAUACACCUGGCUAUGGCAGAUGGAUCGGCCGGCACGCCAGCGUGCCAAGAUCUGUGUAGUAAACCUGCAGUGGACGCCCAAGGACGCGAUAGCCAGCAUCAAGAUCAAUGGCAAGUGCGAUCGGGUGAUGGCGCAACUGAUGCACCUCCUCCACAUUCCAGUGCCCGUUUACACCAAGGAAAAGGAUCCGAUCUUUGCACAUGCGUCGCUCCUGAUGCCCGAGGAGCUGCAUACGCUCACGCAACCGCUGUUGAAGAACGCCGAUGAAGAGGAAGCCUUUACCACCACGACCGAGGAGACACAGGACUCGACCAUCUCCAGCGAGAGCUGCAGCUACAAUUAUAGCGAUCUGCCCAUCGGCAAGGGGCCGCGCAUCCGGACGCCGAUUAAGAACGGACGACGGGUGAAGACCAAUCUGGAACUUCGUCAAAAAUAUAAGCUAACCAAUGGCCAGGAUGAGGAAAUCAAGGUGGAACAGCUGGGCACUAAUGGCGAGGUAAAGAAUGAGGAUAAAAAUGGCGCCAUUUUGCAGCUGGAAGCUACGGAGACAUCCGUUAAAAUAGAGACUGAUGAGGUAAAACUGGAAGUAAUCGACAGCCAUGUGACCUUCGUAAAACAAGAGCUGCAUCUGCUAGAGCUCUUGCCCAAGCUGGAGCCCCUGUCCCUCAAGGAGGAGGCAGAGGAAACGGUAGAUACACAGGUGGUGGUGGCCAAUGGCCAAGUGGAGUUGCCCAAGCUAGUGGCCAUCCAAAAAUCCAGUGUAGUCAGCAGUACCGAGCUCCCGAUUGAGCUAAGACUGGAACCAAUGGAACUGCCACCGCUGGUGCCUAUUGGAGCACCCCUGAGCACGCCGUUCGUCGAGCCCAAACUUGUACUGCCACCUGCCUUUCAGGCGCUUAACAUCCAAACCCAGAGCGACUCCAGCACAGAACACGAUGAUGAGGAAGAGGAAGACGAACAGGAGGAUCUGGGAGAAGAAAAUAUCCUGGCCCAAGUGGAUUUGCUAAGGCAGAACACCGAUGAAGAGCUUCUCCGCCAGUUGCCAAGCUGGUACGACGCAAAGUAUGCGUACUCCGGACUGCACAGCAUCCUGAUACCACCGCCAGCGGAUCUAAAUAUUUGGAACCUGCAGGUGGUGCCCAACUUUGCCAUGAACCGCUCUGCCGCCAGCUGUGACUUCUGCUUCGACCGGUAUGCCGAGCUGGAGUGCCAAUUCUAUCGUCGCUGGAACCUUAAUCAGCGCAAGCACAAGAAACGGGCCAGGAGCGGCCGGUUUGUGGUCUGUGAGUGCUGUCCCACAUCCGAUGACGACGAUGAAUACGAUGAGAAUAUAUCCUUGGCGCACAUUGCGGCCGCGGAGACCGCCAAGCGAAGGCAGCAGCUGAGCACGAGUUUUCCAAGAAAGCUGGCACGCACCCAGGCGGGGUGGUACGGCAAGGGCUAUAAAAAGGGACGCAAGCGACGGUAGAUCUACAGAUAGUUUGGUCCUAAUCCUAAACCCAAUAAACUAGGGCGCUAGCUGAUAACCAAUUGAGGAGACUUUUAAAGGAAACUAGAUUUUCCAUUUAAAUCUUCUUCCUCCUGUGGCAGUCACAAGAUACCGACCCAACCUUAACCGAGAUAUGCAUACGCCCGCUUCAAUAGUAUUUUAGCUGUGUAGGAUCAUAAGUCAUAGCAUAGGCUAGGGUUCCGAAUUCAUAAUUUAUACAUAUAUGUAUUUUAAGGCGUCAGCAUCCCUGUGUCCUUGUUAUUUGAGGGAAUGAUCUUUGUAAACUUUGAAUGUCCCUGAGUUUUUGUCCAUAUAAUUUAACUAAUUAGGUUAAUGUAAUGUUUUUAAAAUGUAUUUUGCAUGUCAGAACUGUGGAGCUGAGGUAUUUUUCCAUCGAUUAUCAUAAUUGAUUAGUUUGUAUCAUUUACAUUUGUAGUUUAUUUCGAGUCAAUCUUUUCGUGUUCGACCCAAAAUCCGCCCUUUAUUUUUAUAAGUUUAAUAAACAAGACAAGCAUUUUGCUGUAAUGAUA